GGGGAGCGGCUGGCCAAUCAGCGAGCGAGCGGCGAAGAAGAGGCGAGGCCUUCGCGCAAGAUGCACAGCACCGCGCAACUGCGCUGCGGGAGCCCGAGCGGAGCCUGAGACCUGGUCCAAGCUGAGUUGAAAAUCGGCCCGAUCCAGAGGUUUGUGGGCGGAAAAGGUGUUCCUCUCCCACCAGCAAGCUUCACCAUGAUUCACAGUCUUUUCUUGAUCAACUCCUCGGGAGACAUUUUCCUGGAGAAGCACUGGAAAAGUGUGGUCAGUCGCUCUGUUUGUGAUUACUUUUUUGAGGCCCAGGAGAGGGCCACGGAGGCCGAAAACGUUCCUCCGGUUAUCCCCACGCCUCACCACUACCUCUUGAGUGUCUACCGACACAAGAUCUUUUUUGUGGCCGUGAUUCAGACGGAGGUCCCGCCUCUGUUUGUCAUUGAAUUCCUUCACCGAGUAGUGGACACGUUUCAGGACUAUUUUGGAGUCUGUUCAGAGCCAGUAAUCAAAGACAAUGUGGUUGUGGUCUACGAGGUAUUGGAAGAGAUGCUGGACAACGGGUUCCCCUUGGCUACUGAGUCCAACAUCCUCAAAGAACUGAUAAAGCCCCCCACCAUUCUCCGGACGGUGGUCAACACCAUCACAGGAAGCACCAAUGUGGGAGACCAGCUCCCGACGGGGCAGCUUUCGGUGGUGCCUUGGCGACGGACAGGGGUGAAGUAUACCAACAACGAGGCCUACUUUGAUGUGGUUGAAGAGAUAGACGCCAUCAUCGACAAGUCAGGUUCCACGGUCACUGCUGAGAUCCAGGGAGUGAUUGAUGCCUGUGUUAAGCUGACCGGGAUGCCAGACCUCACUCUGUCCUUCAUGAACCCUAGGUUGCUGGACGAUGUUAGCUUCCAUCCCUGUGUCCGAUUCAAGCGCUGGGAAUCUGAGCGCAUCCUCUCCUUCAUUCCUCCUGACGGCAACUUCCGCCUGCUCUCCUAUCACGUCAGUGCACAGAACCUAGUUGCGAUUCCAGUCUAUGUCAAACAUAGCAUCAGCUUCCGGGACAGUAGCUCACUUGGACGCUUUGAAAUCACAGUGGGACCCAAGCAGAGCAUGGGAAAGACAAUAGAAGGUGUGACUGUCACUAGCCAGAUGCCCAAAGGAGUCCUGAACAUGAGCCUCACUCCAUCCCAGGGGACACACACGUUUGACCCAGUGACGAAGAUGCUGUCUUGGGAUGUAGGCAAAAUAAACCCACAAAAGCUGCCGAGUUUGAAGGGGACAAUGAGUCUUCAGGUUGGAGCUUCUAAACCAGAUGAGAACCCCACAAUUAACCUGCAGUUUAAGAUCCAGCAGCUGGCUAUUUCUGGACUCAAAGUGAACCGUCUGGAUAUGUAUGGAGAGAAGUACAAGCCAUUCAAGGGCAUAAAGUACAUGACCAAAGCCGGCAAGUUCCAAGUUCGAACCUGAGGGGCACGUGCUUCUUGGAGGAGCAAUGACGGACAUGUUUUCAUUUCUUACUUGUCUAAAAGUAAAACGUCAGCCUGUUUCUUAGGUCAGUUUUCUCCAGGCUCCAUCUGCUCCCUUUUGUCCUCAGUCUUCAGUGCCAUGUAACUGAUCAAGGGAGAGAGGCUCGUCAGGGAACACACGGCCAAACCCAGCACAGCCCUGACUGAGUUCUAGAGAAGCGUAUGGUGGAGAGCCGUGCUCCGUGCUGUUGUGUGUCACUACUUUUCCAUGGCUGCCACGGGGUGGGGAGGAUAGACCAUUACUUGCCGUUUGUUUGGGUGUAAUUAUCUAAGUCCAAUGCAAGAUGUCUCUGUUGAAUUUUUUUAAGAUAAAAAGAUUUGAAAGACAAAAAACAAUUGGAAAAAAUAGUGUGAGUUGAAGAAAGACCAGUGCAGAUUUGAUACAUGGAUCUGGGUUGUGACUCAGUGGCAGAGCACUGGCCCAGGAUGUAUGCAAGCCCUGGUUCAUUCCUAGCAUGGCCCGUGGGAUGAGACAGAUCUGCCGUAUGAGGGAUAAGCCAGAGAAGCUAAUAUGAAGACAGUUGUAACAAGAGACUCUACAGAGAAGGACUGGCCAAAAAAGUGGUCAGAGUUUCCCCAUGGGCUACGAGGAGCAGGGUGGAGUGGUUUCUUUCUGACCCUUCUCAUGUAUAGGAAGGACUUGCAUGUCCAGGACUUCCAGAGUUCAAGUCCACACUUGACAUGAAACCACAGUGGGGUCAGUUUCCCUUGGAGGCUAGAGCUCUGUGGCCUGACUUUUAAGUUCUCACUUGGGCUUGCUCCUUGUGCUGGCCAAUCAUUUUGGUGGGAAGGUUGCCAGAGCAGCUAACAGUCUCUUGCUGGGUAUCUGACUCCUCAGUGGGAGCGCCCCCAAAACAGUUUGGUGCAGCUAGAUUUUCUGAAUUAGAAAUGUGGAGUGAGAUGGGAACUCAUGUCCCACAGAAGUAGACCAUGCCUAUACGUGGCGACCGCCAUUUGUGUUUGUCAGGCUGGACUGGCCCCAAGCCUUACCCUUUCUUGUCUGAAGGUCCCCAUCAGAAGCAGGGCACCUCAAAGGCAUGAGUCCAUAAAGCUGCCUACCGUCUGUACACUGUCAUCUACCUGUUGACAGCAGACUGCUCCUUUUUUGUCAAAAAAGACAAAAAAACAAAAAAGGUAUCUUGAACCUUUGAGUAAAAUCAGAUGCCGUAGGAGGGCAGGCUGUGUUAUCUUGAGUAAACCACGAGUUUAAACCAUGGCAGCCGAAGGAGCAUGACUUUCCUAGCGAGUAUUUCUUAAUCUGUUUCAGUGUGUCCAUUACUCAUUUUAGUAUCUACAUAAAAGGCGGGAUUUGUUGUUUUUAACUUGCAGCUUAGGAGCGACUGUGCUCUGUGUUGUGCGGGGAGGGGGGGAAGCUCCAACUUCUUCAGUCCACACAGUUCUCCCCUAGAGUCCUGUUUGCAAUCACUUGUGGUCAUUUAGUUUCUGUGCUUAUUAUUUUUCUGGCUAGUUGUAUCCUGCUGUGGCCAGUACUUAGUUUUGCUGCUGAGUGACGUUUCUUUGUGAUUUUCUUGUGGGGUGAACCGUGCUGUGUAUAGUCAGCUGAUUCUGACCGUUCCACUCUGGAAUCUGGACUAGGGUGGCUCCGCACACCCAGUGUGGAGAGAGACACUCUGCAGAUGACUUUCAGGGCAUGAUGUCACCUCUACAGGAUUCUAAGGCUUCUUGAGACACAGGGAACUCUUUAUAUCAGUCCUUGAAUAUGUUCAAGUUCAUAAGUGCAGUUCCUUUAUUCUGUCUAGCACAGGACAGCUUGUCUACCUAGAAAGAGACGGGGUUGGAGUAUGGGACCCGCAGGCCUAGACAUGGUGGAUAUAGGCAGGCCUGACUGUCCCCACCCAGUGACUCUCAGUCAGCCGGCGGCUAGCGCAGGGUGUCUCACUAGCUCCCCUCGCUGUGUGGUCCAUGUGCAUAAGUAGUAUUUCUGUUUAAGUCUUAAUAAAGCUUUAUCAAUCUGG